CUCUGUAUGGAAAAUGAAAAGAUUUCAAUGAGCGCUUCUGACUUUCACUAAGACACAAUAAGAAUGAAGCCUUUUGACCACAAAUAGAAUAUUUUGUUUCUUUAUGCCUUUUUCUUCUCUUCUGACCACUUGAUAAAAAAAAAAAAUGGCUGAAUCACACAGGCUGACAACGCAGGGCAGGAAGAGAUGGAGUUUACCACAGAGACAUGAGACGGAUCAGAACAAGUCAGGUCCUCGAUGCCUGGAUGGAGAAGCUGAGAAAAAACUGUGUGCUUCUCAAAUGAAAAACAGGAAGUGUUUAUACUGUAAUAAUACGUGUUAUCUGGCUGCCAUCUUUCUCCUUUCUGCUAGAUUCUACGUUGCUUUGACGUGUGGCCGAGGGACAUCCAAGGAGCCUCCCCCUAAUGUAGCCCUGGAGCUCUGUGUUCGCUUUAAGGACCGACAAGUCCUGCGAAGAGCCUGCAUGUCGGGUUCCUGGGGCGAGGUGGAGAGAGCGGUCCCGUUUUUUCCCUUCAUCAAGGAUCAGCCCUUUAAGAUGGAGUUCCACUGCGAACAGAGCAGACUUCGAGUGUUUGUAGACGGACAGAAGCUGUUUGACUUCGCCCACAGAGUGCUGCCCCUCAGUGACAUCGACACUUUAUGGAUCAAAGGAAGCCUAACCAUCACAAAACUGGCUUAAAACUAAAUUAUUCCCUUUUGGGUUUCUAUAUGCCACUUGAAAACACCACAAAAUGUUUAUAUUUAUUUAAAACAUUUUUUUAUUGCCUAUGUUUAUAAAAUGGUUAUAGUUUUUUUUUUUUUUUUUUGGUCAGUCCAGUCAAAUUAACACUUUACUGCUCACUUUAAUCAUACUUUUAUUGGUAGAUGAUUUAAGCAAUGAAACUUGUAUUUUCUCUAAAUCAAUGAAGUUUUAAUAAUUUUUUAUUAUUCUAUCUGUGUCUAAUUCCAACCAUUUGUCUCGUUUGAAACUUGACAGUUAAUAUAAAAACCCUUUUGGGAUUACUACCUCAGUCCACGGCUAAUGAAGUCCAGUUUUCAGGAGUUCAUUUAAAAAUGCAAACUCAAUUUUUUUAUAUUAUUAUUAUAAAAAGUUAAUCCUAAUAUUGUUUUGUAAGAGAAUCAGGAGAAAGCUACUUUUCUUUGUGCAUAUUUUUACUGAAUAUAUAUGAUGCUUUGGUCAUUUUUUUUUAAAUAAAGGUAUAG